AUGGAGGAAGCUGGAGUCAAAGUUGCCGAUAAAAAAAUUAAUCCGCGGGAUAGAACGAAUAUUGUGUCUAGUCUAUUUUUUUGUUGGCUUAUUCCUUAUUUCGUGAAGGGGUACAAAAGAGAACUGACUGAAGAUGAUAUGUACAUGCAUAGAAAGGACCACGAUUCUGGAGAUCUUGGUAAAAAAUUGGAAAUGAGAUGGAAGAAACACCUCGAAAAUAACAAAAAUCCAUCGUUUUUAAGAGUGCUACUAGGAACUUUCAUCUAUGAAGUUGUUCUGUUGAAUAUACUUUCUGUGGUUGCGGAAAUGAUAAAAAUGGCGCAACCAUUUUUGAUAUCGAAACUCCUCUUGGUCUACGAACGAAUGACAUCAGAAGGAGCAAACGAGGUCUACAUCUAUUCCAGUCUCAUAGUAUUGAGCCAAUUUCUAAACGUAAUUUGCACCCACAAGUUCAUCCUAGCCAUGAAUCAAGUCGCGAUGAAGUUUAGAAUAGCUUCAUGUUCUUUGAUCUACAGAAAAUCGCUGAAACUGAGCAAAUCUGCUUUAGCCGAAACCACAAUUGGUCAGAUGGUUAAUUUGCUGUCCAACGAUGUCGGUAGAUUUGAUUUAGCAGUGCAUCGUCUUCAUUACGUUUAUUUGGCACCUAUACAGACGCUGGUGGUUAUGUGUUUGUUGUAUAUCAAUAUUGGUUUGACUGCCUUGUCUGGUGCUUUGUUUUUGUUAUUGUCUAUUCCGUUACAAUUUUGGCUGGGUAAGAAAACAUCGCAGUACAGGUUAACAGUAGCUGGACUAACUGAUGAGAGAGUAAGACUGAUGAACGAAAUUAUAGCUGGAAUUCAAGUGAUCAAAAUGUACACGUGGGAAUAUCCAUUUGCCAAAAUUGUAGAAAUCGUUCGAUUGAAAGAAAUGAAAUACGUCCGCCUGACUUCGAGGAUCAGAGCCAUCUUGAUGUCCAUGGGACUAAUGAUGAACAGAUGUGCUGUCGCAAUAUCCAUAGUAGUAUAUGCUUUUACGGGUAACCCACUCACAGCCUCCUACGCAUACACUGUGACAUCAUUCUACGAACUUCUCUAUACUUUAACAAUGUUCUUUCCUCAGGCCAUUUCUCAAGGAUCCGAAAUGUAUAUAUCUUUGAAAAGAAUUCAACAAUUCCUGUUGUUUGAUGAAAUUGAAUUCGAAAAGAACACACUUACAAACAGCUUGGUAGUUCACAGUAAAGACUUGAAGCCCACACUUUUACCAGAAUCUUUACUAAAAGGACCAGAUGCAAAUAUUAAAAUUAAAAACGCUUCUGCCAAAUGGUUAAAAUCGCUACCAGACAACUCUUUAGACGAUAUUAACUUGGAUAUUAAAGCUGGCGAUUGUGUGGCUGUAGUAGGAGGUGUAGGUAGUGGCAAAUCAACUUUGCUGCACGUUGUCAUGAGAGAACUGGAGCUUCAAAGUGGUUCUGUUCAAAUUAAAGGUGUAGUGUCUUAUGCUUCUCAAGAGCCUUGGUUAUUUGGAGGAAGCGUCAGACAAAAUAUCCUAUUUGGACAGAAAUUUGAACAAAAAAGAUACGAUGAAGUAAUUAGAGUAUGUGCACUUCGAAGAGAUUUCACCCUAUUCCCUCACGGAGAUAGAACCUUAGUAGGAGAAAGAGGUGUAUCUCUCAGCGGUGGUCAACGAGCUAGAAUCAACUUAGCACGAGCCGUUUACAAAGAAGCAGAUAUUUACCUUCUAGACGAUCCUCUAUCAGCUGUGGACGCUCAUGUGGGAAAACAACUAUUUGACGAUUGUAUAACAAGUUAUCUCCACACCAAAUGUGUCAUUCUGGUAACACAUCAAUUGCAAUAUCUGAAAAAAAUCGAAAAAAUUUAUCUCAUGAAUGAUGGAAGAAUUGAAAUAUCUGGAUCUUACGAAGAUAUCAAAAAGUCCAACACGGAAUACAGCAAACUUCUCGCCAACAUCGAAGAAGAGGAGGAAGAACAAAUUAGAAAAAAGUCCAGAAUUGCUGUUGUCAAACAAGAAGAAGACGAAGAAAAUGAUAUCCAAGUAUUAAAAAGAGAAGACAAGGGUACUGGGAAGAUAACUGGUCGCGUAUAUAUAAGUUAUGCCAGAGCUGGCGGGCACCUUUUCAAAGUUUUCCUUCUGAUUUUUUGUUUUAUUCUUGGUCAAGCUUUGGAUAGUGUGACUGAAUAUUACGUCACAUUUUGGGUAAAUAUCGAACAAUGGAAGUCACAACAUACUCCAGUUAGCGGUAUUUCAAACUUUAACGAAGCAAUUACUACAAAUAUAACUUUAUCCUCACUCAAUUUAACUACUUUAUCUCCCCUAAUUCCAGAAGAAAAUCCUUUCGAAGGCUGGUGGUUGACUCCAGUAUUUACCAGCGAAUAUGUUGCUUAUUUUUAUUCAUCCAUUGUAAUUCUUGUAGUUGUUAUAGUAAUAUUAAGAUCAUUAGCGUUUUAUCAAUGGUGCAUGACGGCGUCUACCCAAAUGCACAACAAGAUGUUCGUCAACAUCGUCUACAGUCCAAUGAGAUUCUUUAACUUGAAUCCAAGCGGGAGAAUUUUAAAUCGUUUUUCUAAAGAUAUUGGUACAUUGGAUGAGAUUUUGCCUAUGACUUUACUGGAUACAGUACAGAUUGGUCUCAGCGUGGCAGCAAUCAGUUUAGUCAUAGGAAGCUUAACGGUUUGGAUUUUUAUUCCCACCUUGUUAAUAGGUGUCCUCUUCUACAUCAUGAGAGUUGUCUUCCUCGAAACCAGUAGAGAUAUCAAGAGAGUGGAAUCGGUCACUCGAAGUCCCAUUUACACUCAUCUCGCAGCAUCAUUGACUGGUUUAACAACUAUAAGAGCAUUUAAAGCCCAAGAAAUACUCAAAGAUGAAUUCGACAAGUUCCAGAACCUAAACAGUGCUGCUUUCUUCAUGUAUGUCGGUGCCAAUAGGACAUUUGGUUUUUGGUUGGACUUCCUUUGUGUCAUUUACGUUGCUUUGGUCAUCGUUUCUUUGUUGUUCCUCAAAAGUGAACAAUUUGGUGGUAAUAUGGGUCUGGCUCUAACUCAAGCCAUGGGUCUCACAGGUAUGUUCCAAUGGGGUAUGCGACAAUGGAGUGAGUUAGAAAACCAGAUGACGUCCGUAGAAAGAGUCCAAGAAUACGCCGAUUUGAAGCAAGAAGAAGACAAUACAACCUACGAACCUCCAGCUGAUUGGCCUUCAAAUGGUGAAGUGGAAUUCAGCGAUAUGUCUUUACAUUACUCUCCAGACGAUCCACCUGUGCUUAAAAAUCUUAGUUUUACUAUAAAACCAAACGAAAAAAUAGGAAUUGUUGGUAGGACGGGAGCAGGAAAGUCUUCUUUGAUACAAGCACUUUUUAGAUUAACCUAUAUAGAUGGAAAGAUUCUUUUGGACGGUGUCGAUACCAAAACUGUUUCUCUGAAGAAACUGAGAUCGAAAAUUUCCAUUAUACCUCAAGAGCCUGUGCUGUUUUCUGGAGCUUUGAGGAAAAACUUGGAUCCCUUUGAUGAGUAUAAAGAUGAGGAUCUUUGGAACGCCUUGGACGAAGUAGAACUCAAAAACGCUGUAAACGAAUUACCAGCAGGUCUAGAUAGUAAAAUAGCCGAAGGAGGUUCAAAUUUCAGUGUGGGUCAAAGGCAACUGGUUUGUUUAGCUCGAGCUAUAGUACGAAACAACAAAAUCCUAGUACUAGACGAAGCCACGGCUAACAUAGAUCCUCAUACAGAUGGUUUAAUCCAAACAACUAUCAGGAAAAAGUUUGCUAAUUGUACGGUGCUAACUAUAGCCCACAGGCUGCAUACCAUCAUGGAUUCUGAUAAGGUUCUGGUGAUGGAUGCUGGAAGAUCUGUAGAAUUCGACCAUCCUCAUACCCUUUUACAGGAUAAACAGGGUAUAUUCUAUUCGUUAGUGCAGCAAACUGGAAGAUCUACAGCCAAGACCUUAACAGCUAUAGCAGAAAGUAGUUAUAAUUUUGAAAAUGCCCAAACAUCUUAG